AUGGACCCUAGUCCUACUCCCGCAACUCGGGAGACAAAACGGUACAUUACAGCUCUUAAUGAAGCCGGAAAGAGCAUAUUUACUGUCUCCCCUGAUCUACACUAUCAUUUUCAAGGAGGAAUCAGUUAUUCCCGCUUAUAUGGAACGAAUGCUACUCCUCCCAACAGACAUGCCAAUGCCGAUAUCAAGCAAUAUUUGUCACAGGAUGGUGAUGUGAACAUUACCUCCUUCUCCAAUACUGCGAUUGCAAUACCAGGGGGUAUCAAUUUUAUUCAAGCAGAGAUCGCUCCUUCCGCGAUCUUCCCUUGGCACAGAACACUUUCAGUGGAUUUUGUUACUGUGAUAGAUGGAGUCAUCGAAAUUGAAGUGGAAGAGGCAGGCGACAUGGCUAAAAAAAUACUUCUGAAGCCAGGGGACUCUGUUAUUCAAAGAGCAACAGUACAUCGAUGGAUAAAUCCAUCAUCCACGAGUUCAGCGCGAUUUGUUGUUACCACCGUAUCAACUGAACUUCCAAGCCAUCCAAACUCUGUUGAUGACGCAGCAGGGAAAUAUGAUCCAUUUCUCAUUCCUUAA